GUGCGUGGGUCGCUUCGGUGAGUGGAGGAGACAGUACAGCUAAGCUCAAAGCCCGAAAGCUUUGUUAAAGCUCAUAGUUCAGUGUGUUUGUCUACCUUUUUUUCGUUUCACGAAGUCUCAGAUCGGAGACCCUUGAGAGAUGAGGUGGAGUCUCGUGGCGGCGAUACUGACGGUGGCGGUGGUUUUCCCUAGAGCAAGUUCGAUUGGAGCGAACUGGGGAACUCAGGCCUCGCACCCUCUUCCUCCAGAUAUAGUGGUGAGGAUGCUGAGAGACAAUAAUAUUCAGAAAGUGAAGCUCUUUGACGCUGAGUACGAUACUCUCAGAGCUCUGGGAAACACCCACAUCGAGGUUAUGGUUGGUAUACCCAAUGAGAUGCUAGCUACUCUAGCUUCAAGCCUCAAAGCCGCUGAGAAGUGGGUUGCUAAAAAUGUUACUACUCACAUCAAAACUGAUAACGUCAACAUCAGGUACGUAGCUGUUGGUAACGAGCCUUUCCUGUCCACUUACAACGGAAGCUACCUCGCCACCACUUUCCCCGCCCUUAGAAACAUCCAAAUCGCCUUAAUAAAAGCCGGUCUUCAAAACCAAGUCAAAGUCACUUGCCCCCUAAACGCCGACGUCUACGAAAGCUCCAACACUUUCCCCUCAGGAGGUGACUUCAGAGCCAACAUCCACGACCUCAUGAUCACAAUCGUCAAGUUCUUAAGCGACAACGGCGGCCCCUUCACCGUCAACAUCUACCCUUUCAUCAGUCUCUACAACGACGCCAACUUCCCUGUAGAUUACGCCUUCUUCGACGGCAACUCACAGCCUGUCAGCGACGGUGGAACAUUCUACUACAACAUGUUCGACGCAAACUACGACACUCUAGUUCACGCCCUUGAGAAGAACGGCUUUGGAAACAUGCCGAUUAUAGUCGGUGAGAUUGGUUGGCCUACGGAUGGAGACAAGAAUGCAAACGUGGAGUUUGCUAGAAAGUUCAACCAAGGCUUCAUGUCUCACAUCUCAGGUGGUAAAGGCACUCCAAGAAGGCCUGGCCCAAUAGACGCCUACCUAUUCAGUCUUAUAGACGAGGAUGCUAAAAGUGUUCAGCCUGGUUACUUUGAGCGUCACUGGGGGAUAUUCACGUUUGAUGGUUUGCCAAAAUACGCAUUGAACUUGGGAACAACUAAUACAGGAGCUUUGAUACAAGCCAAAGGUGUGAGGUAUCUGCAGAAGAAGUGGUGUGUGAUGAAGCCAAACGUGAGGUUGGAUGAUCCUCAGGUGGCACCUAGUGUUAGCUACGCGUGUAGCCUUGGGGAUUGUACUAGUCUUGGUGUUGGGACGUCGUGUGGGAAUCUAGAUGGGAAGGAGAAUAUAUCUUAUGCGUUUAAUAGUUACUAUCAGAUAAAUGAUCAGUUGGAUACGGCGUGUAAGUUUCCGAAUAUAUCAGAGGUGACUAAGACGGAUCCUUCAACGGGGACAUGCAGGUUUCCGAUUAUGAUUGAGCCUUAUUACGGUGGGGCUGUCCAGAGACAGGUUUUCUUCUUCCCACUGAUGCUGGCUGUAGCUAUUGUCAUGGUCUCUAUUUUUUGAUGGUUUCUUGUCAUGUUGUUGUAGCUCUAUGUGUGAUGUGUUUGUUUUUCUUGGAUUCUAAUUUCGACCUCCCAAGAACAAGUGAAAAUUAGUGCUGUGUUCAGGGAACUAUUUGUUUAAUGUUUUGCACAUUUGAUAUCUCUAAGCUCACAAUGGAUUAGGGACCCAAAUGGGAGAUAAUAAGAAGUGUG